CUUACCUCCAAGUAGUAAACUCCUCUCUCAUUCAACAUGUUCAAGUUGGUCGUUCUCGCCGCCGUCCUGGCCGUCGUCGCCGCCGUUCCCGGGGGCCAUACCGGAGUACCGAUCAGCUGGGGCCACGGACCCAUCGUCGCCCCCCAGGUGAUCAGCCACGCCGUCCCGGUCCUGAGGGCCCACGUCGUCCACCAGCCGAUCGCCCCGGUGGUCCACUCCCCGCCCGUCGUCACCAAGACCGUGCUUGCCGGUCACGGAUACGCCCCGGUCCCCGUCUGGGGCCACCACUAGGCGUUCAAUCGGGUUACGCAAUCAGGCCCCAUGCCCACCGCAAUCCACCGCCACCUGCAGCAGCCCUCGAUUUCCUUUCGCCCCUCGACACCGGCGAGUAAUCGUCGACUGCCGCGAUGUCGAAGGGAGCAAAAAUGUAAAACAAAAAAAUAUGAAAAACAAUUUAUUCUCUUAUCCUCCCACCCACCCCCGCCCCCCCCCCCCCCCACCCAUAGCACCGAUUCGGAAGAUGUUUAAAACGCAAUUUUUCUAGGGUGAGAGCUUUUUACUCGGAAAGCUUUUGCGCUGUUAGCUGCGUUGUGAAAUUUGUCAUUUUAUCACCAUGAUCAUCUUCACUAUAAUAGGCGUUUCGAUCAAAUUCAAAUAAAAAUUCUUUUUUAAACCUUA